AUGUUCUUCUCACCACCGACGACCAUCUCUUUGCCAUCAACAUUCUUGGCUUCAAUCAGUGCAGUGCUCGGAAAUGUCAGCAGCCAUUUCUCGCUCUCCGCCACGUUCUCGGACGGCGGCAACGUAACUCUCACACGCCUCGCCCAGCAGUCAGCAUCCGGCUUGGAAGACCCAGACGGCUGCAGUAAAGCCAACGAUGCUAUCAAGAAAGCUGUCGAUGCCAACCCAAGGCGCUUUGCCGGUUUCGCAGUCAUCCCUAUGGCAUUGCCAGAUCAAGCAGCCGCUGAGCUCGAACGUAGUGUCAAGCAGCUAGGCUUCAAGGGUGCUAUGAUCUGGAAUCACCUCAAGGACGGCACUUACUACGAUGCGGAGAAGUUCUGGCCAGUCUUUGCGAAGGCACAGGAGCUGGACGCCCCAAUUUACCUGCAUCCUGCUGCAGCAUCACAAGAUAUCUUCAGCAAGCUGUAUGUUGGCAACUACGACGCUGGUACAGCAAGUCGUCUUGGAACCAACUCUUGGGGUUGGCAUGUUGAUGUUGGUCUACACGUCCUCCGUCUAUACAGUGCUGGCCUCUUCGAUCGCUACCCCAAGCUGAAGCUCAUCAUCGGACACAACGGAGAAGGCUUGUCCAUGUUCAUCGAUAGAAUCGACUCUACAGGACUCAGGAACGACACGACCUUCAACAAGGUCUGGAACACCAAUAUUUGGUCGACCACCAGUGCCUUCUUCACUGUCAGGCAAUUCCAACAUUUGAGACAGGUGUCACCUAUCGAUCGGAUCAUGUACAGUGUGGACUACCCAUACGGUAACUACACGGCGGGAUGGCAAUUUGUACAAGCCUUGGCAGAUGGAAAUGUGUUGACGAACAGGCAGAUGGAUAUGUUCGCUUACGGCAAUGCUCAAAAGUUGUUGAAGCUGUGA